CUUAUGUUAUCGAUGACCUUUUCUAAGAUAGAUACAAACAGCGUUUGUCCCGCAGUACUUGGGUAACAGAUAUUUUGACUACUUAUAUUUUCUGUUCUUUCCCUUCUUACACAUUUUUAAAAUUCUUUUUUUCUCCCUUCGGACAAGCUCAAUCUCAAGAUGGCCGAAUGCCCUUUCAAACUGAAUGACCAACUCUGCGAUGAAAUGAACAUCGACUCGGCAGGAAUCAUCACACCAUCGGAAGACGAACAUGGGAAACUCCGACCUGAGUUCUUGCCUGGUUGUCCUCGGAUCAAUCUAAACGAUCCAAAUAUGGGAGCUUAUCUUACCAAGGAACUAUUGACUCCCGAACUGAAUGAAUUCGAGCCAUAUCUUUGGCUGGUUGCUAAACAAGAUGGCACGCACAUUUCAUCUCUCACAGAGCAGAUUGUGCGGGGACGGAACAUUAUCAUUACCGAAAAGCCAAGCCUGCAUCUAGUUUGGGCACAUAAUCGGAUAUUCAUCAAACCAUUACCACUCUAUCUUCUAUCUAGACCCUUCUGGGAUUACUAUCUUUUGUCAGACAAAUCCCCAAUCGCCCGGUCUUCACAGCAAGACAUCCUCCAAGCGGCAAAUGGCCUACUUAGGUCAUAUUCCUUCCUUGUUCAACAUGAAUCCGAUUUCGCAAUUGCAACCGAUGAAAAAGUUCGACUUGUUCCAAGAGAAAUCUCUUAUACAAAGUUUGCCCAACUUACCCGGCUACUCGAGGGUAUCAAUAACAAGGACGUCUCUCCACGCUUCCAUUUUGGAGAGCUGCGGCUUACACGGUUAAACUUUUGGUAUAAGGUUUUUCUCUUGGGUUUCAAUUAUUCCAAGGUGGAUUGGCAGUACAGCGCUUACAUGGCAAGGUUUUAUGCUCCUAUCUUGUUUAUCUUUGCUAUAUUUUCCGUUGUUUUGGCUGCAAUGCAAGUAAAUUUAGCGGUUGAUGAUAGUCAGCCUAUAGCAGUCAGGAAUGCCUAUCGUGGCUUUUCCAACUUCACCCUGCAUUUUAUAUUAGUUGUUAUGGCAUUUCUUUUGGUGAUUCUUAUAAUAAUGGUUCUUCGGGAGUUAAUCUUUGCUAUUUCCGACUUAAUCCAAAAGAAAAGGCGAAAUAUAUAGGCGAAAAGGAAAAAGAAAAAGAAAAACUCUACUACAAUGAAUCAAUAUAUAUAAGCAACAAUAUUUAGAACAAAUCAGAUGGCCAGACCAAAGUCAAUA